AUGAGGUCCCCAUUACUCAUCUUAGGUCAUGGCUCCCAGCGUGGGCUAACCCUGAUCCGUCAGCGGGGAAAGGGAAAUCUAACUUCUAGGAAACACUCCAGGUCUGCUCUAGGGGAAAGCAGAACUGUGACGCACAAGGAGCCGCUUCGGGCCCCGCUUGAAGUCAGUCCGACCUGGACUCCCACGGGCCCCUUCCACGCUCUAGGUUUCCUUGUGGGCAGCAUCCAGGUGGGUGUCACGUCCGUGCCCCGUGAGUUUGCGAACGUCACCCUACUUCUGACCCGACCCCUGCAGGCAGCAGCAGCAGCGGCAGCCGCGGGAUGGGGUGGGUGUCGCCUCGCGGGGGCCACGCUCUCCCCCCCGCGACGGGCAGGUGGCCGUACCACGGAGGGGAAGCCCCUGGGGUUCGAGGCCCAGCAUCCCGGAAACUCCGAGGGAAGAAGGAGGGCCCGGGAGGUCCUGAUCGUUUCUCCCGAGUUGCUCAAGAGCUGCGGAGGCCGGGCCGGCUGGGACGGCCCCGGGCAUCCCCGCCCUCCCGCGCCGACCCCCGCCGAGUCCGAACCAAAAGCGAAAGGAGUCCGGCGCCGCGAGGAGGUCGCCGCGCGCCUCCAAGCCCGCGGGGGCCGCCGUUUUGUGACUUCACCGGUUUCGCAACAAGCCCGGGCCGCCCGCGCCCCACCCACCCCCGGCCGGCCGCCUCGCCGCCCGCCACCUCGCUGGGCUCUCCGCGCCUUCCUCCGUCCGAGGCCGGGCCUGCCCCGCCGUCGCGGAGCCUCCCGUCCGGCCGCCGCCUGCGGGCCAGCACGUGCGCGACUCCCGCGCCCCGCGUCCCGCGCCGGGCCCCGCCGGGCGCAGCGCCCUCCCGGCGGCGGCGCGAUGCUGUGCUUCCUGAGGGGAAUGGCCUUCGUGCCCUUUCUUCUGGUGACCUGGUCGUCCGCCGCCUUCAUCAUCUCCUACGUGGUCGCGGUGCUCUCGGGGCACGUCAACCCCUUCCUCCCCUACAUCAGGGCAAUAUCCCUUUAGGGAUGAUAAGGUCAUUGGUCAUUGAUCAGCGAUAUGGAUGUAUUCAGGAUGAUCCCCUUUUACAUGAUGACAUUGUUCAACCAAUCUGAUGUUCUGGAAUUUCUUAACAACGUUGAACACUUUAAGAGCCAUUGCAUUUUAAAUAAGAACCAUAAUCCUGGGAGGACCUUUUUCCAAUAUGACAUUCAAACUCAGCUUUCUCAUCACAAAUCUUGUAACAUUGUUAUUCUUCAGCAUAUUGGUUAAAUGAGCAAAUAGCUUUUAGACAUAUAGAAAGAUGCUCAGCCUCAUGAAUGGGAUAAAAAUUCAAAUUAAAACUCA